CAUUCUUUUGUUUUUGUUUUUUUUUUCUAAUAAAAACAAUGGCCAACGUGGUGAACAGUUUGAAGCUGCUGUUCGACCGGCCCAGCGAGCCGCUCAUCACGCCGAAGGGGGAGAAUAAUGCUGUGUUCCAGCUUACGGAACAGGUUCUGCCCGAAGAAUACUCCUCCAACGGCAUCGAGCUCAACAACCGCUUCGGCGACGAUGCUUCCGAAAAGAUCCCCGUCAAGUAUCUCAGCCAAGUCCCGCAGUUCAACAAAGCGAGACAGCUGCCCGUCGACUCGGACUUCUCGCUCUUCAUACCCUUACAUCAGGAGUACGCCACUGAAGUCAUCGACGCGCUGAUGCGUGUCCCUGAGAACCAACUGCAGGAUUUCCUGUCGACGUGCGUCUUCGCGCGCGCCAACCUGAACCCUCAGCUCUUCAACUACUGCUACUCUGUAGCUCUCAUGCACAGGCGUGACACUAGGAACGUCCCCAUCCAGAACUUUGCAGAAACCUUCCCCUCUAAGUUCCUAGACUCCAAAGUGUUCUCCCAAGCGCGUGAAGUCGCGAGAGUAACCUCGGGAACCGAGGCUGCCCGUAAUCCCAUUAUCAUCCCACGAGACUACACGGCCACUGACUUGGAAGAAGAACACCGUCUGGCCUAUUUCCGCGAAGAUAUUGGCGUGAACCUGCAUCACUGGCAUUGGCACUUGGUGUACCCGUUCACUGCCAGCGACAGAGCCAUCGUCGCUAAGGACCGUCGUGGUGAACUGUUCUUCUACAUGCACCAGCAAAUUAUCGCGCGUUACAAUGGAGAACGGUUAAAUAAUGCGCUGAAGCGAGUGAAGAAGUUCAACAACUGGCGUGAGCCUAUCCCUGAGGCGUACUACCCUAAGCUUGACAGCUUGACGUCGUCGCGUGGUUGGCCCCCACGGCAGGCGGGCAUGCGCUGGCAAAGCGUGAACCGUCCGGCUGACGGCAUCAACGUCACCCUCGAGACGAUGGAAGGGCAGAGGAGGGCUAUUGAAGAAGCUAUUGCCUCUGGACGUGUUCAAUUAGCGAGCGGUGGCACCAUGCCACUGGACAUCGACACGCUGGGCAACAUGGUGGAGGCGAGCAUCCUCUCGCCCAACCCGCAGCUCUACGGGUCCGUGCACAACAACGGCCAUAUCUUCUCUGCUUACGUGCAUGACCCUGAUCACCGGUAUCUGGAAUCGUUCAGCACGAUCGCAGACGAGGCGACGACGAUGCGCGACCCGUUCUUCUACCGCUGGCACGCGUGGAUCGACGACCUGUUCCAGUCGCAUAAGGAGUCUUCGUUCGUGGCGCGUUAUACUCGGUCUGAGCUUGAGAACCCCGGCGUAGCAAUAACAUCAGCCACGAUCCAGAGCCAAGGCGGGCAGCCCAACACGCUGAACACGUUCUGGAUGCUGAGCGACGUGGACCUGUCGCGCGGGCUCGACUUCUCCAACCGCGCGCCCGUGCUCGCGCGCUUCACGCAUCUCAACCACCGCCCCUUCCAAUACGUCAUCAACGUGAACAACACGGGCGCGGCGCGGCGCACGACGGUGCGCAUCUUCCUCACGCCCAAGGUCGACGAACGCAACCUGCCCUGGAACCUCAACGACCAGCGCAAGAUGUUCAUCGAGAUGGACCGCUUCGUCGUGCCCUUGAACGCCGGCCAAAACACCAUCACCCGCCAAUCCACCCAGUCCUCCGUGACCAUUCCGUUCGAGCAGACCUUCCGCGACCUGAGCAUCCAGGGUGCCGACCCGCGCCGCGACGACCUGGCCACCUUCAACUACUGCGGCUGCGGCUGGCCGCAGCACAUGCUCGUGCCCAAGGGGACCGAGGGCGGCGCGCAGUACCAGCUCUUCGUCAUGUGCUCCAACUAUGACCUGGACAGGGUGGACCAACCCGACGGCACGGAGCUCACCUGCGACCAGGCCUCCAGCUUCUGCGGCCUCAAGGACCGCCUGUUCCCCGACAAGCGCGCCAUGGGCUUCCCCUUCGACCGGCCCUCGGCCUCCGCCAGCAGCAUCACGGACUUCAUCCUCGACAACAUGGCGCUCACUGACGUCACCAUUCGGCUGCAGAAUGUGACCGAGACCAACCCGAGGAACCCAACAAAUUAAACAGUUUAAAGGAUCG